AUGCGGCAGAUUCAACAGUGUUGGAGUUCUACAGUUAGGAGGUGGCAGGAGGCCACCGUAGAAAACAGGAAAGGAUCUUUACCCACUACCACACCCUCCCACCCCGGCCCCCUGCCACCGCCCACAGCCGCCACCAACCCCAGUGCCGGCACCGCCCACCACCAACCACCACCACCAUCCCCGGCCCACCGCCACCGCCGUCAACCAAACCAACCCCAGUGCACCGGCACCGCCCACCACCACCACCCAACCACCAACCAUUCCACCCCGGCCCCACCGCCACCACCGUCACCAACCCCAGUGCCGGCACCGCCCACCACCACCAACCCAUCACCGGCCCCACCACCACCAUCCCCGGCUCCCCGCCACCGCCCACCGCCGCCACCAACCCCAGUGCUGGCACCACCCACCACCACCACCACCAUCCCCAAGGCCCGCCACCCACCAUCCCCGGCCACCAGGGCCCACCGCCGUCACCAAACCCCAGUGACGGCAACGCCCACCACCACCCACCAUCCCCGGCCCACCACCACCAAUCCCGGCCCACCCCCCGCCACCGCCGGUCACCCAACCCCAGUGGGGACAGCACCGGCCCACCACCACCCACCAUCCCCGGCCCCACCGCCCACCGCCGCCACCAACCCCAGUGACGUUGGCACCGCCCCACCCAACCCACCAAACCAAUUCCCCGGCCCACCGCCACCGCCGGUUUUUUUUUCCCCAACCAACCCCAGUAGACGGCAACCGCCCACCACCACCACCAUCCACCCCGAACCCCAACAGCCAACCGCCGUCACCAACCCCCAGUGGACUGGCAACCGCCCACCACCACCACCAUCCCCUGGCCCACUGCCACCAACCCCAGUGAACGGCACCACGCCCACCACCAACCACCAUCCCCGGCCCCAACCGCCACCGCCAGUCAACCCCAAAACCCCAGUGACCGGCACCGCCCAACCACCACCAUCCCAGCCACCGCCGUCCACCAAACCCAACUACGACCCGGCACCGCCCCACCACCACCACCAUCCCCAGGGACCCACCGCCAACCGGCCGUCACCAAACCCCAUUGACGGCAACCGCCCAACCACCACCACCAUCCCCGAAAUCCCAACCGCCACCGCCGUCACCAACCCACCACGGUCACGGCCCAACCACCCACCACCACCACCAUCCAAGCCCCGGCCCACCGCCCACCCUAGAAACCCCAGUGACGGCCAACCGCCCCACCCACCACCACCAUCCCCGGCCCACUGGCCACCAGCCGUCACCAAACCCCAGUGGACGGCACCGUCCACCACCCCCACCAAUCCCCGGACCCACCACCAACCAUCCCCGGGACCCAUAGCCACCGCCAGUCACCAACCCCCAUUGACCAGGCACCGACCCACCACCACCACCAUCCCGGCCCACCGCCACCGCCGGUCACCCAACCCCAUUGACCGGCACCGCCCACCACCAACACCAUCCCCGAACCCCACCGCCACCCCCGCCGUCACCAACCCCAGUGACGGCACCGCACCCACCACCACCAACCACCCAUGCCCACCGGACCACCAAAACCACCAACCCAGGACCGGGCAACCGCCCACCACCACCACCAUCCCCGGCCCAACAGCCACCCGCCGUCACCAACCCCCUAGUGACUGGCACCGCCCCACCACCACCAUCCCCGGCCACACCCCCCACCACCAUCCCCGGCCCACCCCCACCAACCAUCCCCGGCCCACCGCCAACGCCGUCACCCAAACCCCAUUGAUGGCACCGCCCACCACCACCACCAUCCCCGGCCCAACCGCCACCGCCUGUCACCAACCCCACCAGACUGGCACCGCAGCCCACCACCACCACCAUUCCCGCCCCGGACCCACCUGCCACCGACCGUCACCAACCCCAGUGACGGCACCGCCCAACCACCAAAACCAAAAUCCCCGGCCCACCGCCACCACCGCCGUCCCACCAAACCCAGUGACGGCCACCGCCCACCACCACCACCAGCCCCGGCCCACCCGCCACCGCCGUCAACCAACCCCACGUGACGGCACCACCCCACCACCACCACCAGUUUCCCUGGCCCAUCCGGCCACCGCCGUCCACCAACCCCAAACCCCAGUGACGCACCACCCACCCACCACCCCACCACCAACCACCACCAUUCCCCGGCCCACCGCCACCGCCGUCACCAAACCCCAGGUGACGGCACCGCCCCUACCACCACCACCAUCCACCCCGGCCCAACCGCCACCGCCCGUCACCAACCCCAGUGAACGGCCACCAACCCACCACCACCCACCAUCCCCGGGUCCCAACCAGCCACCGCCGUCACUAAACCCGACCCCUAGUGACGGCACCGCACACCCACCACCCACAAUCCCCGGCCCAACCGCCACCGACCGUCACCAACCAACCCCCCAGUGA